AUGGCCCUCGCCGGUAGUUUGAGUCGGAUCAUCUGCAGCACGCCGCACGGCGCGCCGUGCAUCCGCAUCGUCCUCCUCCGGCCGCCGCUAAACCCUUCGUCUCCUUCGCGGCGAGCCUCGAAUUUCAUCGUCUCCGCGAAGGGGUCGAGGACCGGAAAAUUCGACAGCAAGAACCGGAGAAACAGUCCUUUCACGACGACUAAGGAGGAAGAAGAAGAAAAAGAAUGGUCUUUAGGAGAGGAAGUGAACGGCGCCGACGAGUUUGGUGCCAACGCCGCCGUUGAUGACGGAUUUGUCGUGCCGGAGCUUCCCGGGGAUAAGCCGGACUUCUGGGAAGGUCCCCAGUGGGACGCUCUAGGGUUUUUCGUUCAGUAUAUGUGGGCUUUUGGCGUUGUUUUCGCGUUAGUUGCUUGUGGUGUAGCUGUGGCUACGUAUAACGACGGAGCAACAGAUUUCAAGGAAACUCCCGCAUAUAAGGAAGCAAUACAAUCACGGGACCUUGAUGAAUUAGAUGAUGCUGCCACCUCAGAUGUAUUCGAGUCGAACCCAACAGAAGAAGCACCAAGCUUGGAGUAG